AUGCCACAAGUAACAAUAAUCUUGUACGAGGUUCUCAGGCUCUACCCUUCAAUCAUUGCGUUAAUACGCUCCAUUCCGAAAGAAACAAAACCAGGAAAAUUGUUUUUGCCAGUUGGUGUAGAAAUUUCACUGCCUGUGUUGUUGAUUCACCAUGAUCAAGAACUUUGGGGCAAAGAUGCGCAUGAGUUUAAUCCUGACAGGUUCUCGGAAAGGGUUUCAAAAGCAACAAAGAGUCAAGUCAUAUAUUCCCCUUUCGGAUGGGGUCUUAGAAUCUGCAUCGAAAUGAACUUUGCUCAGAUGGAAGCAAAAAUGGCGCUUGCAAUGAUCCUAAGACAAUUCUGGUUUGAGAUUUCCUCUUCUUAUGCUCACUCUCCUUGCGGCAUUUUUACUCUACGUCCACAGCAUGGUGCUCACUUAAUUUACAUAAACUUUGGACUCAGAAUCAAAUUCAGGAUUUUGAAUGAGACAUGGUAA